GGUGCGUGGUGACGUAAUGGCGUCUUCCUCCGAGUUUAUUCCGUUGCGUAAGAAGCAGAAGAGGGCCUCCACUGGUUUAGAGGACAAUUUUGUAUCCUCCUAUAUGCCAAAGAAUCCUGCUAUUCACCCUUCCUCUCAGGAUCUUCUGGAGAAAGCGGUCGAAUGCCGUCUCUCUCAUGGUAUAGAGGUCAAAGGUGAAAGGUGCCCAAUGCCAUUGUCAAGAUUCGAUGAACUUCAUCUUCCAGCUUCAACUAUGGCUCUCCUCCAUAGCUUGGGAUAUGAGCAUCCUACUCCAGUCCAGAUGCAAGCCAUUCCGUGCAUACUUGGUGGCCGUGAUGUCAUAGUCCUUGCUGAAACUGGCUCCGGGAAGACGCUCUCCUAUUGUCUGCCACUUUGUCACAUGCUGCCUCUCUUCCCUCCAACCCUUCCAGGAGAGGGACCCAGAGUACUGAUGAUGGCUCCAACAAGAGAACUUGCUCAACAGAUCAGCAUCUACUGCAAACAAUUUGUGGCUGGACUCCGCCGCCAGACAGGUGACCCCAACCCUGGAGGAACUCUGACCAAAACCAGCUACUCCACUCUCCUGGUGUGCGGAGGAGUUCCAAAGAAAGACCUACUGACAGAAAUUGAGAAAGGAGUGGAUGUGGUGGUGGCUACACCAGGGAGACUGCUGCACCUCAGUGGGGAGGAGACUCUGUCUCUGGACCAGGUGGCCUACCUGGUGGUGGACGAGGCCGACAGAUUCAUGCAGGGCUCACUGGAGGACGAGCUCAGGAAGGUGAUAGGGAAAGUGACGGAAUCGUUACGACCGAGGCAGACCCUGCUAUUCUCUGCCACUCUGCCCAACAAUCUGGAGAGGCUGGCGAGAUCUGCUGUACUUGAUCCUAUUACAAUCGAGGUAGGGGCAAUCGGAGUGACGGCGGUUGGCGUCGACCAGAGAGUGGAGUUCAUGCACUCCUACCAGAAAUCCCAGAGACUGCUUGAGACUCUGAGGACCACGGAAACUCCUCCAGUCCUCGUCUUCUGCAACACCAUCACCACUGUCGACCAGAUUGCAGACCUGCUCCACCGCGAGCAGUUCCACGUGGCAGCGCUGCACUCCGAGAGAGAACCGGGCGUUCGGUUCGAGAUAGUGGACGCUCUGAGGAACGGCAAACUCGAUGUGUUAGUCACGACUGAUUUAGCUUCCAGGGGGAUCGAUGUUCCGGGGAUAACACACGUUAUUAAUUUCGACAUGCCUCUGACUAUCGAGGACUAUGUGCAUAGGUGCGGCCGUGCAGCGCGCUGGCAGUCGCCGGGCAAGCCAGCUCGUUUCUGACGCUUGAGUGUAAGAUAGCGAGCGAGUUGAAGGAGCUGUUGAGUGAGCUGGGCCAGCCUGUGCCACCUGAACUGCAGGACACGCGGCAGUUUGGAGGGAGAGUCAUCAAGACAGAGCUAGG